CCCCACCAAGACUAAAUUGGUAAGGAGCAAAACCUCGUGUGUGUGUGUCUCCAUAGAGGUGACGGACUAUGUUGGCAUCUGCCCUGAGAAGAUGUUCUGCAGUGGUCCGGGCAGGGGUCCCCGUGACUCCGGGACAGGCGUAUCGUCAUAGUUCUACAUUCAGGAUUCACCCCAGUGUGGAAGAAGCACUGGCAGAGGGGAGGCCAGUCGUGGCCCUGGAGAGCACUAUUGUUACACAUGGAAUGCCCUAUCCACAAAAUAUCAGAAUGGCCAAUGAAGUGGAAGAAAUUGUUCAAUCAAAUGGGUCAGUACCAGCAACGGUGGGCAUUAUAGAAGGUAAAGUUCAUAUCGGGCUCUGUGAAGAGGAAUUGAAGUUCCUGGCGACCAGCAAAGGCUGUGUAAAAGUGUCCCGCAGAGACCUGCCACAUGUCCUCAGCCAGGGCCUCUCCGGGGGGAGCACAGUGUCUGGGACAAUGAUAGCGGCCCAUCACGCAGGGAUCUCCGUAUUUGUGACCGGCGGGAUAGGAGGGGUACACCGUGAUGGAGAGAACACCAUGGAUGUCAGCGCGGACUUGACUGAACUGGGGAGGACUCCGGUAGCCGUGAUAUCUGCUGGGGUAAAGUCCAUCCUGGACAUCGGCCGCACCCUGGAAUAUCUGGAAACAGAAGGGGUCUGUGUUACCACUUUUGGAGACUCCAGAGACUUCCCAGCUUUUUUCACCCCACGCAGUGGCUACCGGGCUCCGUGUAAUGUCUGCAAUGAAGAAGAAGCUGCAAGGCUUAUUGCCCAUUCCCUGGAGCUCAGACUGGGCAGCGGAGUCCUUAUCGCUGUUCCCAUUCCUCCGGAGCAUGCUGCCUCUGGAGAGAUGAUAGAGAAGGCCAUUCAGCAAGCACUGAAGGAAGCCAGGCUGCAGGGCAUCAGUGGAAAAGAUGUGACACCUUUUGUCCUACAAAGAGUGAAUGAGUUGACUGGAGGAAGAUCACUGGAAUCUAAUAUUGCUCUCGUAAAGAAUAAUGCCAAGGUGGGAAGUCGCAUUGCCGCAGCCCUCAGCCAGAUUCAAAAACCCAAAGGGGGCAUAAGGAAAGACACCCGCCAGCAGGAAAGACAGACCGAUGAGAACCAGGAUUCCAAGCCGGUGGUAAUUGGUGGCAUCAAUGUGGACUUUAUUGCAAAGGCAUCUCAGGAUAAAAUGGAGUUUGGAGGACAGACCAAUCCCGGACAGGUUCACCAGUCAUUUGGCGGUGUGGGCAGGAACCUAGCAGAUUGCCUGAGUCGGCUGGGAGUGAGACCUCUGUUCAUUUCUGCCAUGGGGCAAGAUGACCUGUCUCGCUCUGUUCUACAAUACUGCUCUCACAUGGACAUGCGAGGCGUGGCACAACUGAAGGGUCACAGUACAGCCACUUACUGCGCUGUCAUUACUGGCAGCGGGGAUCUGAGCCUUGGAGUGGGUGACAUGGAGAUCCAUCAGCAGAUUACUGAGAAACACAUAUCUCAGUUUGCAGAUAGUUUACGUCAGUCGCGCCUGGUGUGCAUAGACGGGAAUGUACCUGUGUCCACUAUCCAGUAUGUGUGUGAGAUUACACGGGAGAACAGAGUGCCAGUUUGCUAUGAACCUACAGAUAUAGACAAAGCUUCUAAACCCUUCACAUCUGACAGCUGGACGGCCUUAACCUACAUCUCACCGAACGUUAAGGAGCUCAUUUCCAUCAACAGAACAUUGGGCUAUUCGGUGGACUUCGAUGUUCCACGCGAAUUGGAUGAUGUCAUAGACAUGGCAAUCACCCUGUCAUUGCCCCUUCUGGAGAACCUGUACUGCGUCAUUGUAACCCUGGGAGCUCAUGGGGUCCUUCUGUGUGGUCACAGCUGUCACGGGCUAUUGUCUCUCCAUCCUAAAGACAAGACUUCACGGGGAGAUCUGUGUGCCGUCCAUUAUCCUGCAGCCCCCAUCUCUAAUGAAGAAAUUGUGAAUGUCUCAGGAGCUGGAGACAGCCUUAUGUCUGGUCUUCUGUCUGGGGUGCUAGAGAAACUGGACACUGACACUUGUGUCCGAAUGGGACUCCUGGCAGCCCGCUUGUCCCUCCGAUCCCGUGGGCCCAUCUCACAGAUCAUCUCUUCCACCAGUGUCAGCGUGCGGAAGGUAGCAGAGGAGACGUGGCCUGAACCCCGUGUCUGGACCAUCCAUCCGACCAAUGGGAAGUCCUUCCUUAGGACCAGCCAUUAACAGGCAUCAGGGUGGAACCAGUGAUUGGGUAAAAUGAACUUUGUCAGGGUGGCUCAUUUUCUCACC